AUGGUGAGGAGCAUCUAUGACAUUCUUGAAACAUUGAAAGAUAUGGAAACUUCCCUCUUUAGUGUUGCUGAAAUCAUGUGGUUUUCAUUUGGUUGUUUACUCGUUAUUCUACUUGCCAAAUUUACAAUAGCAAUAUGGUGGAAGCCUCUGCAAAUAACCAAGCAUUUUCAAUCUCAAGGCAUCACAGGCCCUCCUUACAAGAUCCUGUUUGGAAAUACUCUUGAAUACGCUAAGUUAAUAAAUGAGGCCACAUCAAAGCCUAUGAAACUCUCCCAUGAUAUUGUAGCAAGAGUGCAGCCUUACUACCCUUACUGGUCCAAAAUAUAUGGAUCUACUUUCUUAAUGUGGCUUGGGCCAAUACCAACACUAGUAGUUGGUGGAUCUGAAUUAGCGAAGAAGGUGCUAGGUGAUAAGAAAGGGAAUUAUAGAAAACCAAAAUGGAAUCCCGUGAUGAAAGAGCUGCUUGGAGAAGGCCUCGUGGUGCUCGAUGGUGAUAAAUGGGCGCAUCACCGGCAGAUAAUAAAUCCAUCUUUUCAUACUGAUAAGCUCAAGGAUAUGGUUUGUUGCAUGGUGGAGAGCACUGUCAAUAUGCUGGAGAAAUGGGAGAAAGUUGUUAAAAAUGGUGAGAAAGAAGUAGAUGUGGCUCAGGAAUGUAAGGCUCUAACUUCAGACGUUAUUGCCCGCACAGCAUUUGGCAGCAGCUAUCUCCAAGGAAAGCAUAUUUUUCAUUUACUGGCUCAGCAAAUGUCCUUGGCGUCUCAGGAUAAUGCAAAAUUAAUAGUUCCUUGCUAUAGAUUUUUACCUUUCAAAAGAAACAGAGAACGUUGGAGACUCAACAAAGAAAUUAAGAAUGCUCUGAAAGAGCUUAUUAUAAUUCGAGAAAAAGCUGGUACAAACACCAGCCAAGGCUAUGGCAAUGACCUGCUUGGCUCCAUGAUGAAGACAAUCCAAGAGCUGAGAAGCUCUGAAAGCAAUGAGGGCCUCACAAUAGAGGAAAUCAUAGCUGAGUGCAAAACAUUUUUCAUCGCUGGGCAAGAGACUACAAGUAAUUACUUAACAUUUGCCAUUGUUCUCUUGGCCAUGCAUCCUGACUGGCAAGAGCAAGCACGCUCAGAAGUACACGUAGUCUGUGGAAAUUGCCAUCCAAAAUUUGAGACACUAAACAAACUAAAAACUUUAGGAAUGAUCCUGAACGAGGUGAUCCGGCUCUACCCACCAGCUGUUGGCCUUAUGAGGGAAGUGCAUAAGGAUACAACACUCGGAGGAAUCGCAAUCCCUAAAGGCGCUCAGGUCCUGUUCCCUAUGCUUUCAUUAUAUCACGAUACAUCUCUGUGGGGAGAGGAUGCAAAUGAAUUUAAGCCUGAGAGGUUUAGUGAGGGAAUAAGUAAGGCUGCUAAGUAUGAAUCUACUGCUCUUAUCCCUUUUGGAUAUGGGUUGAGGUCCUGUGUGGGCCAAAAUUACGCUAUGCUUGAAACCAAGGUUGCCCUUGUCAUGAUUUUGCAACGCUUUUCGUUUGUUCUUUCUCCGGGUUACGUUCAUGCACCCACAUCGUUUAUCACAAUGUUUCCUCAGCAUGGAGCUCCGAUCAUUCUUCACAACCUGCAUUCAGAUGAGAGCACGGUUUGA